CGCAGCAUACUAGUUGAAAUAAAGCCAAUUAAUUCACAAUAUUAAUUUUCACUUCUUCAAAUCCCCAUAUAUUAUGCAUACUUUCAUAAUACAUCUCAACAUAUAUACACUCUGGUUUAUACUCGUAUGAAGGAGCUCUUUAGCUAUCGAUUACCGAUACGAGGCAUGCGGGCCGAGAAGCUGCAGCAACGGCCCGAACAUAAGCUUCCCUUUCUACAUCAAAGGCCUCCAAAAACCUUACUGUGGCUUCCCCGGAUUCAUGCUCAACUGCUCCAGCGACGGAUUCCCAUCUCUUCACAUCACAGAAACCGAAUUCAUAGUGAAGGAGAUUUCCUACGAAACUCGAUCUCUCCGAGUAGUCGAUUCUGCAGCGCUGAACUCCGACAGCAAUGGCUGCGUUCCGACAAUCAGAAACGUGUCAAUUCCGACAGCACAGUUUGAUUUCGGUGAAAACGUGACGAAGCUCCGCUUCUUCUCCAACUGCAGCGGCUCGAUGUUUGAGGGUGGUGAGGGGGGAGGAUUGUGACGAUGUAUGAAGGGGAUGAGUUGGUAGGAGAUGAACUGAGGAGGUGUGGGAGGAAUACGGUGGCGGCGGUGGAGGGUGGUGGGGAGGUGGUCGAGGUUUUGAGGAGAGGGUUUGUGAUGAAAUGGAGAGCGAGUGAGUGCGGCGCGUGCGAGCGGAGUGGGGGGCGCUGCGGCUUCAACGAGACCACCUACUUGUUUAGGUGCUUCUGCCCGAACCGGCCUCGCUACUGGUUGUGCAGAUCCGAUAAGGAUAGGCCGAUUGUUACUACCAGGAGGUAUGUAAAAGCUCUCACUCUUGUAAUACUCAUUUGUUGGGAUUCAAAUCAUAGAUUAAAAAAUAUACCAUUAAUGUAUUAGUGCAAUCAAUAUUAUAAAGCCUUUUGGCCUUUGUUAGUGUCCUAAAAACAAAACUGUAAGAAUUUAGUUCAAAACGGAAAAUAUUAUACUAAUGUGCAGUUUGAAUGCAAGAUUCAUUUGGUGACAGCUAUAUUCGGAGGUGCAGUGUGCCUUCUUCUCUGCAUAUUAAUCGCAUUUUUGAUCUGGCAAUGUGAUGGGGUACGGACUAAACAAGCCCAACAGCAAUGACGGCCCAUCAGCCCGAAGCCCAAGGAAGAGUAUGAGUUCGGCAUGACCAA